AGAUAAGUACACAUUUGUGGUUCUUUUUGUUUCGUAACGUCGAGAUGAUUGUUGUGUAACGAACUAUUGACGAGACAAUUGCUCCGCAGAUGUUUGGCUAUUGUCUAAUCAUUCGUACAUGCUCGGUCUUUAUUUUUCCUACGGUUUUGUAUUGAUGUUACUGAUGAGAAAGAAAUUACAUUUUUCGGGGCAUGUUGAAGGAUCGAAUGCGAGUGUUUGUAGAGGUCGUCCCAACGACAGCGGAGUCCAAAACAAAGCCGGCGCUAGGGGGCAUCGUGGUAGUGACGAAUGGAAAGAACUGAGGGAACAAACAAACUGUGUUGAUCAAAACAAAAAUUGCGUAUUUCGUAACAAAGAAAUUUAGUACUGUACGGUCGACUUAAUAUUUCUGAGACAAGACGAAGUGAUUUAAGUGAAAUUUGCCUUUUGGCUUCUUGAUUUCGCGUCCGUAUUUCAGUUUUUUGUCGUUCCCGUUCCUUUUGAACUGUCAUAAAAAUUUCAUCGUUCACGAAUGUCCUGGAGAAAAAGGAACAUUCAACACUGCGAUUGAACCUUCAAAAAUUCACACCAAAAUGAACGUUUGUUCUCUCAUUCGCGGAUACAUUUUUUUUUCAUCACACAUCUCGGUCAGAUGAAUUCGAUUUUUUUCGGACGCGUCUGAAAAGAUGGACGGAAUUUACCGAGCGUAGUAGCAGAGUGAAGAUUUUUGCAACCGUAAAAAUGAAAACAUCGAUACCAGGAAAGCUCGUUGGCUGCAUCGGCAAAUGUACUUCCGGUCUCACGGCGGAGGAGCUCGAUCACGUAACCGAUAACAUACACAAAACUCUGACUCAUCCUCGGGGUCGAAAAAUCUUUAAAGAAUACCUCAAACAAGAGCGUCGUCACGACGAUCUCGAGUGUUUGAAAUUUUACGAAAAAUGUUCCGAAUUCAUCGAAAAGGAGCAGAAUUACAGUAAUUCCGAGAAAAAUCCAACGUUGGAUUCUUUGAUCGAAGAUGUGAACGACGCGAUGCUAACGGCUGAGAAUCUCGAUGGCAUACCGGAAAUAGAUAUGAGCCUGUUGGAGAAAUACAACGAGAUUCUCACGCGACCACCGUGUCGCCAAUCCAUGCUUUCGCUUCUCGAAGAAACGAAAAUUCGACUCAUGAACCAUUUGCGACGAGUGCAUCGGGGAUUUAGGGACUACGCUUUGCAGCCUUGUCCCAGGACGAAGUGACAGAAGGGAACGAUUAACUUUCCGAGUAUUUAGAAAACGAACAAUAAAAAAUAUGAACCUUCGAGUGAUUGGGUUAUUGUAAAGCAGGUCCGAACGAAUCCUAAAAUAUUUUUGUAUCAGCCACUCCCCUUCGCCCAUUUUUACUCAGGUAUUACUUCAUAAUGAAGUGCAACGAGAUUUCUGACGUAAGGCUCUUACUACUCGUAAAUCCUUGCAGCCCAGAAGACUGUAAUCGAAGAUUGUAUUCUCUUGAGAAUCAUCUCUCAUUAGCUCGCAAGAUUAAGAUAUGGACGAGUCACUAUUCUUUUUUGUAUUUAUAAAAACAAUCGCUUCGAAUAAAGUGUCUGAAGAUA